GUAAAGCAUUAUACAUGCCCAUUGUUGGACGCUGCAAAGACCUUUUCACAUAAAAAAUAAACGAGAUUUUCGCCUGGUGGUGUAAAAUUGCAAUCCACCGUGCUCUCCUUGUUCCAGUUGGAAUUUGCCCCGUAACCAAACAACGUCUAUUUUUAACACGUAUUCAUAUAUUGAAUAGCGUCUUUCUCUAUUCACGACAACCCCAUGAUAUCUGCGUUAUCGUAUAUUUUUGGAGGUUGCUGCUCGACAGCAUACACACUUGAAGCAAUCGUUCGGGAAGCGCCCAAUAGUGGAGUGUUACUGACCUUUGCCCAAUUCUUGUUCAUUGGUGUAGAAGGCUUCCUAUACCAUUGCAUUGUCAAUCCAAAAGCAUUGGUGCGCCCAAAGGUCCCUGUAACCCGCUGGUUGAUUAUUGUCUUCUUUUUCUUCCUCAUUAAUGUUCUGAACAAUGUCGCUCUUGCAUACGAUAUUUCGGUUCCCGUACACAUCAUUUUGAGAAGUAGCGGUCCUAUUACAACAAUGGCGUUUGGAGCAGCACUUUUGCACAAACGCUACAACGUGAAGCAAGUGGUUAGCGUUUGUACACUCACGCUCGGCAUAAUUAUAGCGACGCUGGGAAACGCUCAGAAUGUUCGACUUCAAGUAUCGUCUGUGACACAUUUUGCCAUUGGAGUUGGCUUGCUUGUUGUAACACAGUUCAUGGGUGCUUUCAUGGGACUUUUGCUGGAGAAAACAUAUGCACGUUACAAGUCUGAUUGGCGGGAAAGUUUGUAUUAUACCCACGCAUUCGGAAUACCUUUCUUUUUUCCAUUAUGGGGAAAGAUCAAGGAACAAUGGGUCGGAUUGCUUACUGUCUCCCAAACGCAAGAACCGAUCAUUGGACUUCCAAGAGGUGUUUUCUUCCUGCUCCUCAACACCCUUGCUCAGUAUGUUUGUGUACGCGGGGUAAAUGGUUUGGGCGCUAAACAGUCUGCGCUCGCUGUAUCGAUCGUACUCAACAUCCGUAAAUUCGCAAGCCUAAUUCUAAGCAUCCUUAUUUUCAAGAACGAGCUUGGACCGGCAGUUCUGUUCGGUGCCUUUUUGGUCUUUGGAUCGAGCGCCGUUUAUGCUACCGCUUCAACGAAGAAACAGAAACUAGAAUCGAAAAAAGAAUAGUCAUGUCCUUGAUACUGACUGUUAUAGUCUCCCUAUUCCUUAUGCAGAGGAACUAAACCCACACGCCAUGGUCCUAUCUUUCUUGCAGAAGCAGGAUAAAGUUUAUUUGUUACCUUCAGUGUUUCUUGCAAUAAGCAAAAUAAUGGUUUAGGCAGCACGAUAUCCAUCCAAUCAUCUCCCUCAAAGUGAAGAUCUUUCGCCUCUCUGCGGAACAUAAGUUUCAUCACGGGUAGUUUGGUCGAAGAAGAUAGAGCAGAACACGGUUUAAAUAAUGAAAUGUUGAGGUACGGUGUCAUACACCAUACCCAAAGCUUUUUAUCUCCGGAUAAAAUAACAAAUUUAUGCACGGAGUAUUGUUUCCGUAAGGAUAAUAACGUUGACGAAAAUAUAACAAGGGGAGGAUAGUUCAGGUUAAGCAGUUUAAUAGCAAACUUAUGGACACGAAUACUUGCCGGCGGAUCAUUUUCUUCAAUACCACCAACUUCUUCACCGCAAUUAUAACAAAGAGCAAUUUUGUUCUUCACAAUUCCAUUAGCAAACGGCAUUUCAUCUUCGAGUUUAAGAGGAUUCACCUUUUUAAUAUUAGCAUAUGUAGACCACAAAAGUGCGAAGCAAACUUCAGUAAGAAAAAAGAAACAUGUUAUCUCUCCAUAACCGGGCACGGCUUUAGCUUUAGACGACUCGACCUUUGUGGAGGAAGCGAGCAUGCACAGUCUUAACCCAUUGCUGCCUCAGCAUCAAGGGUACGAUGUCGUGAAACACUCGUUCGCUUUUGGGUUUAUGUAUCCCAUGAUGCAGUGGGGAAAGUGCACCAUGAUUUCUUUUAAACCCAGUUUGUAAAACAGACUUCUUACCAAAACAUCCUUUGCACACCAAAAUAACUUACCAAGCAAUCUGAGUGAAUUGAUAAAUAAGAAACAGAACAGAAUCCCUGACCACUAGCAGGAGCAAAUGUAGGAAGAAAAGGAUUUGCCGAAACAACAGCUGGCGUCUCCGUAUGACACGCCCAGCAAUCAAUAAAUUCUUGCCAAUUUGAAGCAGGUAAGUUUUUCCAAGAAGACACUGUAGCCAAUUUAGAAUUGCAUUUCCU